UAAUAAGUGAGCACGUGAUUGCCGUGCACAUUCUUUCUUUAUUUUUUACUUUUUCAUUUCGCUCCUCACUAUUUUUUUUCGGCAAGUGAGACUCAGUCUCUUCUCACCUUUUCAUUUCACUCCCUAGGUACUAAAAUCAAACUGAAACCCUAGGAAUGAGAUUCUCUCACGAGUAGAGUUUCUUCUCUCCCUUGAUAAGAUUUUCAAUUAAAUCUUCAUUUACAUUUAGAAGAGAAGUCAAAAUUGAGCCCUAGGAGUGACAUUUUCUCUCACGAUCUGAGCAGGAAAAACUCUCUCCUCAAUAGCUUCAUUUACAUUUCAAAGAGAAAUCGAAACCAAACAAAGUUGAAUUUGUUAAUCGAUCUGUUCUAUUUGAUUUUGGAGCUAAAUCGAUGUCUAAUUCGUCCAAAAUUGCCAACGAUCAGCAUUACAUUCAUGUUCGUCCACUCAUAGGAGAGAAAUCAAAACUGAGCCCUAGGAGUGACAUUCUCUCACACGAUCUGAGCAGGAAAAACUCUCUCCUCAACAGCUUCAUUUACAUUUCACAGAGAAAUCGAAACCAAGCCAAGCUUAGUUCGUUAAUUGGUCUGUUCUAUUUGAUUUUGGAGCUAAAUCGAUGUGUGAUUCGUCCAAAAUUGCCGACGAUUAGCAUUAUAUUCAUGUUCGUCCACUUACAGGAUCUAAGCAGGAAAAACUCUCUCCUUAACAGCUUCAUUUACAUUUCACAGAGAAAUCGAAACCAAACCAAGCUGAGUUCGUUAAUCGGUCUGUUUUAUUUGAUUCUGGAGCUAAAUCGAUGUCUGAUUCUUCCAAAAUUGCCAACGAUCUGCAUUAUAUUCAUGUUCGUCCACUCACAGGUCACGGAAAUGAAGUGGCGGACGACGUUUCUCCAUAGGUUUGAAUGGAUCUCACCUCUUGGAGCUGAAUGAUAUGGCCAUGGAAACAAAGAAAAGAUGGUCUUCAAAAGUGGCUAAAAAACAACUUAUUCAUAGGAAGUCCACUGACACGUGCAGACUGUUGAAAUUGUAGUCAAUGUUCACUGUGAUGGCUGCCCAAGGAGGGUGAAGAAUGUUGUUAAGUUCAGGAAAGGUUCUCAUAUAUAGAUACUCUUUCUCUUAAGCUUUUUUUUUCAUCCUUUUAUGACAAACAAUGGAUUAUCUAUGAUUCUAUAUCCUAUGGUUCUUGUAUCCUAUUUGAUCCAUUAGAAUUAAUGAUUUGGUUAUUAACUUAAGGAAUUUUAAGUUAUAAAUUGUUAAAGUUCUUUUUGUUGA